GCCCUGCGGAGCACAAAGCACCCGCGGCCGGCCGGCAGCGCCUGCGCGGGGCGGGCCGGGCUCUGAGGGCAGCGGGCUCGGAGCGGGGCCCGGCGGGCAGUGCCGGGCACUGCCGCUGUCAGCGCCGGCGCUCGCAGCAGGCUGCGCCCUCCUCCCUGCCUGCCCUGCCCCGCCGCGUUCGCUUUGCUUUUACGCUCUUAUUUUUAAUUAUUAAUAUUAUUAUUAUUUUUUUUUUAACUUGGAAGAACCCUCGGGAAGCCCCCGCACGGCUCUCUCCCCCCGCCCCGCAGCGCGUUCCCCUCGCGUUCCCGGGGCUGUCGGAGCCCGCUCCCCCUUCCCGACCCGCUCCAGGCUGGGCCUCUGCUGGGCUUUGGGAGCCGGGAGCGCCUCGGCACCGUCUGCCUCCCCCGCCCGGAGCCGCUCGUCUCCGCCAGCCCGAUAAAUGCUGUUUAUGAGGAUGGACCUGUUGAACUACCAGUACUUGGACAAGAUGAACAACAAUAUCGGCAUCCUGUGCUACGAAGGUGAAGCGGCUCUGAGAGGGGAGCCCCGAAUGCAGCCCCUGCAAUCCCCCGCGCUCAGCAACCACCGCACGGGCCCGCCGCCCAUCAGCCCCAGCAAGAGGAAGCUCAGCAUGGACCAAGGGGACGAGGAGCUGGACUGUGAAAAUGACCACGUCUCCAAAAUGAGCCGCAUGUUCAACCCGCAUCUAACCAAGCCUGCCAACGGGGACUACCGGAAGGAGCACCGGGAGCGGAGCCGCAGCCCCAUCGAGCGGGCGGCUGCCCCCACCAUGAGCCUCCACGCCAACCACAUGUACGCCUCCAUCCCCAGCCUGAGCAUGGAGCAGCCCCUAGCACUGACCAAAAACAGCGUGGAUGCAGCCAGGACAGUCGGCAUCUCCCCCAGCCUGAGCAGCGUGGAGCGGCAGCAGAACCGUCCCUCUGUCAUCACCUGUGCUUCUGCCAACAACCGCAACUGCAACCUGUCGCACUGCCCCAUCGCCCACAGCGCCUGCUCCGGGGCUGCCUACAGGAGACCCUCCAGCUCCACCGCUGCGUGUGACCCGGUGGUGGAGGAGCACUUCCGCAGGAGCCUGGGCAAGAACUACAAGGAGCCCGAGCCGGUGGCGAACUCGGUGUCCAUCACGGGCUCGGUGGAUGACCACUUUGCCAAAGCACUGGGGGACACGUGGCUGCAGAUCAAGGCUGCCAAGGACGGCGUGGGCAGCAGCCCCGAGUCGGCGUCGCGGCGGGGCCAGGCGUCCCCCUCGUCCCACAUGGUCAGCCACAAUCACUCGCCCUCCGUGGUCUCCUGAGGACAGCAGCCUUCCCAAUGGGAAUUGCAUGGUUUGACUGAGCUUGGAACAAGUGCUUCAGUAGUGCUGGGGAGGGGAGGGGAGUUUUCAACACAUGUUUUUGUGUACUCACUUUGUUGUUUUUUUGGUUGUUUUUUUUUUUUUGUAAAAGGGUGCCCUUAAAGACGAUAGCAGGAACUAUUUCAUAAAGAUUCAUAUGAUGUAGCAUCCUUUUCUUCCUGCCUCAAUUA